UUCGAAAUGGCGGAAUCGAGUGCCGUGUCCGCAUCCGAGAGAGAGUUCAUCGUGCCGCUCUCGCAGAACCUGCAGCAACGACUCGGAGACAGGCAGUAUGAAAAGCGAAAAGGCGCUGCGCUCGAGCUUGAGAACCUCGUCAAACAGCUCGCGGAAAGCAAGAACCCAGCCGACAAAGACGCAAUCCCCAUUGUGAUCGAUUUGCUCGAAAAAAAGUUCACCCGAUCCGUCAAUGCCAACUUCCGUAAAGGGGGACUUAUUGGGCUCGCCGGAACAGCAAUUGGACUCAUGCACAACGCUGAAUUGUACCUCGAUGCUCUCAUCCCCCCUGUCUUGCACUGCUUUGAUGACUCCGAAGCGCGAGUCCGGUACUAUGCAUGCGAGAGCUUGUACAACAUCGUCAAAGUCGCACGUGGCGCUAUUCUCAAGUACUUCAACCAGAUCUUUGAUGGUCUAUGUAAGCUAUUUGCUGACGUGGACACGGAUGUGAAGAAUGGCGCUCACUUGUUGGAUCGAUUGGUGAAGGACAUUGUGACCGAGAGCGAGGUGUUCGACGUCGACAUGUUCAUUCCCUUGCUCCAGAACAACAUCCGCAAGACGAAUCCUUACAUUCGUCAGCUCAUUGUCGGGUGGAUCACUGUACUGGACUCAGUGCCAGACAUUGAAAUGCUUGACUACCUUCCCGACUUCCUGGACGGUCUUUUCAACAUGCUCAGCGACGGCAAUCGGGAAAUCCGACAGGCUGCUGACAGCGCAUUGAGUGAAUUCCUUCGCGAGAUCAAAUCCACGCCAUUCGUCGACUUGGGGCCGAUGGUGCACAUCCUCGUGGCGCAGUGCCAGUCCAAGGAGCGGUUCACGCGGUUGACGGCAGCCACCUGGGUGCUGGACUUUGUUGUGUUGGGGAAGGAACGUCUCGUGCGGUUCUACGCCGAGUUGCUCGGGGCGAUUCUGACGUGCAUUUCGGACGCCGAGGGGGAAAUUCGGUUGGUCGGAGAACGGGCGAACGCGGAUUUGCUUGCCUUGGUCAAAGCUACAACGGGAGAUGUCGACUUUCUGCCCCUUAUUGCCAAGCUCAACGUCGAGCUCGUGAGCACGUACAUCCCGACGCGACUGGCGUCUUUGACAUGGAUUUCCAUGUUGCUCGAGAAAAAACCGACGCAAUUGAGCUCCCAACUGAGCGCGCUCCUGCCCACCUUGCUCAAGACUCUCAGCGACACGUCGGACCAAGUCGUGUCACUCAACUUGGAAGUUCUUGCCCGACUCAGCACGAACCUGUCCCAACUUGAGUUUUCCAAAGUACUUCAGGCUGUCAUUCAACUUUUCGCGACGGACGCGCGGCUCUUGGAGAAGCGAGGGUCCCUCAUUGUGCGCAAACUGUGCGCGCUGUUGGACGCCAAGAGCAUCUACAUGGUGUUUGCAACUGUCCUGAGCUCGCAUGAAGACCUGGAUUACGUUUCGCUGAUGGUGCACACACUCAACCUGAUCCUGCUCACCGCCAACGAACUGGAACACUUGCGAGCGGUGCUUCGGCGAUGCUUCGACUCAAAAGCGUCCAAGGAAGACGUCGAAGUGUUUACGACGCUGUACAAGACGUGGUGCCACAACCCCGUGUCCACGUUUAGCCUCUGUUUGCUGGCCCAGUCGUACGAGCUCUCGAGCGCAUUGGUCCUGAAAUUAUAUCCUUUUUCACGCGCCACACUCCUCCCCUUCGUUCGUAAAGGUCUCCUUAACCUGUUCUUACCAGUGAGAUCGAUGCUUCCGUCGGAUUCCUCAUGCAAAUCGACAAGCUCGUCCAACUCCUCGAGUCACCCAUCUUCAUCCAGCUACGUUUGCAGCUGCUCGAGACACACGCGCCAUACCAUCUCAAUCUCAUGAAGAGCAUGUACGGCCUUCUCAUGCUCCUUCCCCAGAGCUCUGCGUUUCGAACCCUGCGCGACCGUUUGGCUAGCGUGACCUCCAUGGCAAUGGCCAUCUCCAAACCCCAGCAACAACACCCGUCCCCGGCGGCUUCGCCUGUAGCUUCCCAGCGCAAGGAAGCGCCGAAUGUGGGAGGCGUGCCAAUUAGCUCGAUCAGUGUCAGUGUCUCUGUGCCGGCUCUCCUUGCGCAUUUUGACGCUGUCCAAGCCAAGCACACUGCCCUUCGCCAACACGUGUUGGCUCAAAAGUCAGUCAUCCGCCAAUCCUCACUUCUCGCUGCUACUUCUACAACUUAGUCGGUCGAUCUCGACCUUGAACGAUGCGUACUCAAUUUUGAAAUGUCAAAGCUGAUGGAGACACGAGAACGGUACUUUGGCGACGAGCGCCGAGCUCUCGCGUACUAUGACGCUGGGUUUUUCAUCUAUGGCGCAUGGGGGAGAGAAUAUACCGUCCGC